AUGGCCGGCAAGCCUGAGCAGCCGUCCACGCACCCUGCUCCCCCAAAGCACAGUCAUCAUCAUCAGUAUCAUCAACAUCACCAACAACAACAACAGCAAGAUCAACAACAACAGCAACAACCACAUCGUCCUCAGCACGCACAUGGGAUUCAACAAAAUAGCGUUUUAGUCUACGUAUCGGGAGAGAAUUUUGCGUACGCGACGGCGGUCGGUCAGAAUGCCGCCGCCGCCGCUGCUGCUGCUGCUACCGCAGUCGGCUAUCAGUCUCCGCAGCAGGCGACGUACACCGGUAUUCUGCCGCCGCAGGUGGCGACGGCGGCGGCGACGUUUCCCGCCAAAACCGCCAUAUACUGUAAUGAUAACAGCAGCGCCGUUGGAGCCGCAGCUAAUAACUGUUGCCGAUUAAAACCACUCCAGUACGUCAGUUCUGAUGGAGACUCAAGCCGGUCCGCGCGUAUCUUGUCUACGGGUAACGUAGACGACGAAGAGGAUUAUGGAACGAUCGUCUCGAAUAACGGUUUACUGUACAGACAAACGAAUUUCGUUCAAGCGACGAGCACCGCCGCGACUACAACGAUGACGUGUGUAGUAUCGGCGUGUGAUAACAAAAAUGCCGCGAACCGGAGUUCGUUGGAUAACGACACCGGCAACACUGACAAUCUCGCAGCGAACAACGUGGAGUCAAUAGGCAGGGUGAACGGUAGCGAUAAUAUGGUACCUAACAAAUUAUUUCCAUCGAGAAUUCACGGCGAGAUUUACCCGUCACCGGCAAGACUGACAGACGGUUACAAUAAUAACGGAAGAAUCGCGCAGAGGAUUCUUGGGGAGGGUUGCGUGGGUCUUCUGAGCGACGAUGCUACUUGUGUCGCGUAUGUACGGCAGGGAAACGAACCGUCGCAAACGUCCGCGAGUGUUUUUCAAGCCGACAGUGGUGUAGAGCAGCAACGCGUUGAUAUGGACGAGAAGAGCCGGCAACAGGACGCUUUCCAGAAUCAAGCCGGCUCGUCGCUUUCUUCGUCCUCGUCGAGCGUCGGUGUCAGUGGUGGCGGUGGUGGUGUUGUUGUUGUUGGUAAUGGUGGUAGCAGUGGUGCGGUUAGCUGUGACUCUGUCCGUUCCGAUACCGGUGAAUCGUCGACGUAUAGCAGUUUGAGCAGUCCCGAAAGUCAAAGUCAAUCGGCACACGACGGUUUGUCUGGCGGCGCAACGGUUAACGGCGGUGGUUCGUGCGCGCAGCAGGCUGCGCGUCAGUCGUCGUUGUCGUGCAUCAACAACUCAAACAAUGACAAUACCGGCCAACAAAAUGUAGUGCUAACGAUGAACGGUAGUGCGGUGGUUACGCAGCAGCAACAGCAGCAGCAUCAACAAGCGAUUACAGUGCCACGUGAAUGGAAAAGGAUAUGCACCAACGGGGUCAUCAUUUACAUCAGGUGA